AUGGCUAAACGUCAGGCGUCAGAGCCUCUCGACGAGCUCGCGGGCAUCGCGUCCCCGGCGUCGAAGAAGUCCCGGACUGUCGAUUUCAACUCGCCGCCGCUGCUGCGCGAAGAGGAUUCGAAUAGCGAGACUCUGAAGAACGGUCUCCGGGGCGUCGACUUACCGGACGAUGGUGGGACGGGGGCAAACGCCGAGGCGGAUAGAGGCGACGACGACGACGGCGACGACGAGCAUGCACCCAAAGCACCGAUUCGACAGGACGCACCGACAGAAGGAUACGAUGACCUGUACUUGGACACCAUCGAUCGGCAUGUGCUCGACUUUGACUUUGAGAAGCUCUGUUCCGUCUCGCUUUCCAACAUCAACGUCUACGCCUGUCUCGUCUGCGGCAAGUACUUUCAGGGCCGCGGCCCCAAAUCGCACGCCUACUUCCACGCCCUCGAAGAGGACCAUCACGUCUUCAUCAACCUCGAGAGCCAGAAGGUCUACGUCCUACCCGAGGGCUACGAGGUCCGGAGCAAGGCGCUCGACGACAUCAAAUACGUCUCUGAUCCACGCUACGCAAAGGCCGAGGUCAUGGCCCUCGAUCGUACCAGUCGCAAGAGCUGGACGCUCGGCGGCAAUCAGUACGUGCCCGGCUUCGUGGGCAUGAACAACAUCAAGGAGAACGACUACGUCAACGUGGUGGUGCAGGCGCUCUCCCACGUCGCCCCCCUCCGCAACUACCUCCUCCUCGAUGACUUUUCCUCCAAGGCCGAGCUCGUCAAACGAUGCAGCAUCCUCUUCCGCAAGAUCUGGAACCCGCGCGCGUUCAAGAGCCACGUAUCGCCCCACGAGCUCCUCCAGGAGAUCUCGCUGCGGUCCAACAAGCGUUUCACCCUCACGACUCAGUCCGAUCCCGUCGACUUCGUCUCCUGGUUCCUCAACAACCUCCACAUGGGCCUCGGUGGCUCCAAGACGAAGCCCGGCAGCUCCAUGAUCCAGCGCACCUUCCAGGGCAGGAUGAGGGUCGAGUCCCAGGCCAUCACGGCGCGCGCCGACGCCGGCGACAAGCUGCGCUUUGAGGAGGCGGCCGAAGUUCAGGUCGACAUCGUCCGCUUCCUCCUCCUCACGCUCGACUUGCCGUCCGCCCCUCUCUUCCAGGACGAGCUCGAGAAGAACAUCAUCCCCCAGGUGCCGCUCACCACCGUCCUCGGCAAGUACGACGGUCAACGCGGCCAAGAGCACCACGCCCAGCGGAAGCGCUACCGGCUCAUGCACCCGCUGCCGCCCUACCUCAUGUUCCACGUCAAGCGCUUCUCCCAGAACAAGUUCGUGUCGGAGCGCAAUCCGACCAUCGUCACCUUCGACGCGCGCAACCUCGACAUGUCGCCCUACGUCGAGCCGAACCCGGCCGAGUGGCCGCCAAGCGAGCCGAUCUGGUACGACCUCGUGGCCAACAUCGUCCACGAAGCCGUCCGCAACAAGGAGGACGUCGCCGACACGGGCGAGGAGCGCAAGACGUGGAAGGCGCAGAUCAAGGAUAAGGCGACGGGGCAGUGGGUCGUGUGCCAGGACUUGUUCGUCGAUAAGAUCCAGAGCGAGCUUCUCUACCUCGGCGAGACGUACCUGCAAAUCUGGGAGCGGCGGAGGGAGCCAAGUAGCAAAUUGGGCAAGGGACGCUCUAGGUAG